AUGCUGUCCAUCCUGUGGCUGCUGCUCAGCUUUGUGGUCUCUCUCCUGGGGUUCUAUGUUUCCAUCAGCUGUCCCCAUGGCAAACAAUGCCAGAGGGCCCUGCUUUCCAACAAUGAUAUCUUUCUGCACUGCAACUCCCCUGGGGCACAGUGGUACUACUUCCUUCAAGACGGGACCAACUGGUCCAGCCCUAUCCGCAGUGUUUCAAACAUAGAAACAAUGCCUGAAGGCGGCAUUCUCAUUAGAAGUCCAUUGCCAUCCCAGACGGGCGUGUACACCUGUAUUGACAAGAAAGGCAUCCAAGUGGUACAGUACGAGAUUGACUUUCAGGACGUUGGCACCUUGCACAUUACGCACAGAGGUCUGGGCCAAGCACCCUUGCAGAAUGAGACACUGAGUCUUGGCCAAAAGGAGCUCAUCUUCACCCAAUGGGAGCCCUGGCAGGACUGUAACUACUGUGGGGAGCCAGGUGAACGCAAACGUCUGGGGUACUGCUACAUCCAGGAGCCCCUGGAGAAACCCACCCCCUGCCAGCUCUACCUGGGAAGUGCUAUUCUGUGGUCCAACCGCAUGCGGCCUGAGAUGCAGAUAGAAGCCUGCCAUGUCCAAUGUAAAACAUCAGAUGUGAAGAAUGUUUUUUUUGACAACUUCGAGCUCAGUGAAGAGUCAGGAUCUGCAUGGCUCACCUGCCCCUUCGGGUCCAUCUAUAGGCCUGUCAUCUGGGAAUCCAACAGCACACCCCUGACCUGGCAGGGCCAGCUCUCCGGCCAGGAUGUGAGCACUGUCCUGGACCCUUCCAGUGGCGGCAGGCGACUGCAGGUCUUCCAGCCAGCCAUUUACAGGUGCUUCGUGCAGCAGGAGUUCAUGGCUCGGUUCAACCCCAAGCCCAAUUUGGAUACACUGGAGGUUCUGCUGAGAGAGGAAGCUAGACAACAGCAGGAGGCAAGGGAGACCUGGAAAGAGAAGGACUCCAUCCUCCAGAAGCUGAAACUGAUGUUGCUGGUGGGCACUGUCCUGGGCCUGUCUGGGGUGCUGCUGAAGCUCUUUUGCUCUUCACAGAGUAAAAGAAGCAAUCAGGUGCUACUGGUGAAAUAAAGUAAACCCACAGUGCU